AUGACGGAUCGGGAGGCUCUGAUGGGGGCUUUAUCUAGCAUGAAAAAGAACACUCCAUUUAAGCGCGACCUGAACCGAAAGUCGCCUGCCACUUAUAAAGAAUUCUUGGCCAGGGCGCAGGGAUACAACAACGCAGAAGAAGCUGAAGCAAAUGAUCCUGAGCACAGAUCUAAGAACAAAGGAACUGAGCAAGGAUUGACGUCGAGAAAACAAGACAAUCAGAAACAGCGAGGUGGGAGAAACGGAGAUAAACAGGUCGCAUCGGCGUCGAGUCAUCCAGAAGUAAGAAAGCCGAGGCAAGAGGAGAAUCAGAAGCCUCACCCGUUUCAACGGUAUGAUUCUUAUCACGAGCUGGCUGUAGGGGUUGAAAAGGAUGAAGUAGAAAGACUAAUCCAUGAGGGAAGGCUACAAGAGUUCAGAGCUGAUUGGAGAGGUCAUGGCCAGGGAAACGACGGUCGGUGCUGGGAGGAUAAUCGACGGGGUGAAAACCGUGAGCCGGCUGGCGUUAUAAGAACCAUUCAUGGGGGCCGGGCAACGAAGAUAGUAAAAUUCGGCGGUGCUGAAGUGGUCUUUACCGAAGAAGAUGCGAAUGAGGUCCAUUUUCCUCACAACGACGCCCUGGUAGUAGAGGCAAUGAUCCGGAACCACACGAUCUGUAGAAUCCUCGUGGAUAACGGGAGCUCGGUGGACAUCUUAUUCUCCGAUUACCUGAAAAAGAUGGGAAUCCUAAAGGAGUAA